UCACGGGGGCGGGGCGUGAUUCCGGGGCGGGGCGCGGCCGCCGGAAGUGCGUGGCCGCCCGGGGCCAUGGCGACACUCAGCUUCGUCUUCCUGCUGCUGGGGGCAGUGUCCUGGCCUCCGGCUUCUGCCUCCGGCCAGGAGUUCUGGCCCGGGCAGUCGGCGGCCGACAUUCUGUCGGGGGCGGCUUCCCGCAGACGGUAUCUUCUGUAUGACGUCAACCCCCCGGAAGGCUUCAACCUGCGCAGGGAUGUCUAUAUCCGAAUCGCCUCUCUCCUGAAGACUCUGCUGAAGACGGAGGAGUGGGUGCUUGUCCUGCCUCCAUGGGGCCGCCUCUAUCACUGGCAGAGUCCUGACAUCCACCAGGUCCGGAUUCCCUGGUCUGAGUUUUUUGAUCUUCCAAGUCUCAAUAAAAACAUCCCCGUCAUCGAGUAUGAGCAGUUCAUCGCAGAGUCUGGUGGGCCCUUUAUUGACCAGGUUUACGUCCUACAAAGUUACGCAGAGGGGUGGAAAGAAGGGACCUGGGAAGAGAAGGUGGACGAGCGGCCGUGUAUUGAUCAGCUCCUGUACUCCCAGGACAAGCACGAGUACUACAGAGGAUGGUUUUGGGGUUAUGAGGAGACCAGGGGUCUAAACGUCUCCUGUCUGUCCGUCCAGGGCUCAGCCUCCAUCGUGGCGCCCCUGCUGCUGAGAAACACAUCAGCCCGGUCCGUGAUGUUAGACAGAGCCGAGAACCUACUUCACGACCACUAUGGAGGGAAAGAAUACUGGGAUGUGAGUGUUUCCUCGGGAGCGUCUUUCUCAAUUAGUACCCGUCGCAGCAUGGUGUUUGCCAGGCACCUGCGGGAGGUGGGAGACGAGUUCAGGAGCAGACACCUCAACUCCACGGACGACGCAGACAGGAUCCCCUUCCAGGAGGACUGGACGAAGAUGAAGGUCAAGCUGGGCUCGGCGCUAGGGGGCCCCUACCUGGGAGUCCACCUGAGAAGAAAAGACUUUAUCUGGGGUCACAGACAGGAUGUACCCAGUCUGGAAGGGGCCGUGAGGAAGAUCCGCAGCCUCAUGAAGACCCACCGGCUGGACAAGGUGUUUGUGGCCACAGAUGCCGUCAGAAAGGAAUAUGAAGAGCUAAAAAAGCUGUUACCCGAGAUGGUGAGGUUUGAACCCACGUGGGAGGAGCUGGAGCUCUACAAGGACGGAGGCGUUGCGAUUAUUGACCAGUGGAUCUGUGCACACGCCAGGUUUUUUAUUGGCACCUCAGUCUCAACGUUUUCUUUCCGGAUUCAUGAGGAAAGAGAAAUCCUGGGGUUGGACCCCAAGACGACGUACAACAGGUUCUGCGGAGACCAAGAGAAGGCGUGUGAGCAACCCACCCACUGGAAGAUCACCUACUGAGGAGGAUCCUCCAGGGCCGCUCCCCGGACCCGACAGGCGCGGGUGGAUGCAGGUUCUGUCGCCGUGGAGUCACCGUCUACUGCCAGCUGGGAGCUGGGUGGAUAGGACCGUCCCUCACAGGGUCCCAGGCCCAGAAGAGGCCCCACGCCUCUAGAGUUGUGCUCCAUCCUCGGCGGUUCCAGCCGCCAUGGCUGAUGAAGAGGCUCCGCUGCUCUCGGGGGCGGCGGUUGUUUUCAGGCAGCGUCUGUGAACCCACAGCUCGGUUGCCAGCAGGGCCCGCGUGGUGACCCAGAAGCAGGAGUGUUUGUCAGGCUCCAGCUCUGGCCUUUCCAGCCACCUUUCAUGUCCUCAUAUUUUAAGUGCAUUGAGGAUAGAUGCAGGCGGGUGAGCUGCCCUCCGUCAGGUGGACCCGGGCUGACAUUUCCCUGGGAGCUGGUGCAAGGAGAAGCGUCAUUUUAAAUGUCUGCAGAGCGACCAGGGGCCUCAUGAAUCCCUCCGUUGCCCUCCGCGCAGCAGGAGGCUGCCUGUGUGUUUCCUCCUGGGAUGUGUGCAAGGCAGAACUGGUGCUGCAAAGGAAAGGGCCUGAGGCCUCAGGGAGCUCCGUGGAGGGAUGACAGUUCAGGCCCUACUGCUGGCACGUCAGAGCGCUGGGAAGUUUUUCAGUGACGUCUCUGGGGCACUCAGUGGAUUGUCUGUAGGAAACUUGCAGCUCCGCUCCUCACACCAGGCCCGGCUGGCCACCCACCCUUGCCCCCACUGCCCCCCCUCGCCCCCACUGCCCCCCCUCGCCCCCACUUGCCGCCCCUCCCUCGCCCCGACUGCCCCGCCCCACCCCACCUUCACCCCGACUGCCCCCCCCCCACCCCACCCUCACCCCGACUGCCCCACCCUCGCCCCCACUGCCCCUCCCUCGCCCGGCUGGCUGCCCCUCCCUCGCCCUGGCUGGCCAUCCCUGCCCUCGCCCGGCUGGCUGCCCUGCCCUCGCCCCGACUGCCCCGCCCCACCUCACCCUCACCCCGACUGCCCCUCCCUCGCCCGGCUGGCCGUCCCUGCCCUCGCCCUGGCUGGCAGGUGCACAUGGGGCCUCCGGGUCUACCAUUCGCUAUUGAGAACUAGAAAUGAGGAAGGACAGUUAACGCUAACUCCAAAAGGCUGUCUAGGAUGAGCUGCUUUAUCAGGGAGCUUCUUGUACCCAUUUUACAGAAAUCAUUUUUAGGUCUUUGUGCCACCAUCACGAGGGGCAUCUGCAAAGAGGGCAACGCUAGACACAGAAUCCGUGGAAGGUGCAGCAGUGCCUCAGGGGUCCUCAGGGUCAGGGAGCCCCCCUCGCCCUCUUGGCCCGUUACCCUUUGUGACUUUCCACCAUGGUGUCAUGUGACCCUCAGUCAGGCUGGUGGGGGCUGAGUCCUCACUGAGCAGCCACUUUCCACAUCUGCUAGAGGAGCAGUGACAUGGACACCUGUGUGACAGAGAGAGGACAGUUAGUGAGGAGGGACAGACAGCUCUUCCCUUCGGAGCCUGGCUCGUCUAGGACAUCACCUUGCUGUGUCUUCUCAAGCUUUUAAAAUGGACCCUGAACGUGGGACAGGGCCCUAUGGUGUUACUCAAAGCUGUGCAGGGUAAAUGAUGACAUAUUCUUCUUCCAUUUGUUCUAGAAACAGUGCCUUUUUCAUUAGUUGCAUUUUCCAGGCUGAGAGCUGUAUAAAACAUUUUGGACUGUGACCAUGUACCUUCCUUUUUAAAAAAAAUAAACUGCUUUAUGGUA